CGUAGUCCACCGGAAAAGUAGUUUACAGCCCUAUCUCUCUCUCUCGGCGAUUGAUUUACCAACGUCAUCGUCCUCAUCAACAAAGGAAGAUGUACUACUAAUCACUUCCUUUUAACCGAGCUUGGUUCACUAAUUAAUCAGAUGAAGUGCGUCACCACAACUUCCAAACCGGGUUAAACCAAACAAAAGUUCUACUAAAAUUAUCAAUCGAACAGAAAAAUGCAAUUAGUGUGGGAAAGCAAAAGUGAACCAUAUUCAUGACAAUUUCAUGCAAAUUUACGUGCCGUCUAAUUAGCUUAUUCGAUAACCAUGAGUCUAAGUUCUUCAUGAAUGGUUUAAUAUUUCUUGUAUAUAAAAAAACACUUUUCUAUGAGGAAGUAUCAAACUUGUAGUACAAUAUUUUUUUCACUUUGUCAAAGCAACAUGGAUUUAUUACUGAUUACACUAAUCACUAUCGUAAUCGCGGCCGUCAUACAAAAUCUACGACGUCGUAGAUCCAACAUACCGCCGGGACCACCACCGCAAUUUCUAGUGGGAAACCUCAAUCAACUGAAACCACUAUGGACACAGUCUUUCUCCGAGUGGUCACAGACUUAUGGCCCCAUCAUAUCGGUGUGGUUAGGGUCACAGCUAGCUGUCGUAGUAUCUAGCUCUGACUUAGCUAAACAAGUGUUGAGAGACAAAGACUACCAGCUUUGUAACAGACACAGAACAGCAAGAAUGACUCAAAACGGUAGCGAUCUUAUUUGGUCUGAUUAUGGAGCACAUUAUGUGAAAAUGAGGAAACUAUCUACACUCGAGCUCUUUUCACUGAAAAGCAUCGAGUGUUUCAGGUCAAUGAGAGAGAUGGAAGUAAGAUCUGUGGUGAAGUCGAUUUUUAACGACUUGAUGAGCGAUGAUCAGAAGCCUGUGGUGCUGAGGACAUAUCUAGGUUCGGUUGCUUUGAACAUUGUUUCAAGAUUAGUGAUCGGCAAAACGUUCGAACCAAAAGAAGCAAGAGAGUUUAAAUCGAUUGUUGAUAGGGAGACUCGUUUGCCUGGUGCAACCAAGAUGCUUGAUUACGCAACUUGGCUUAAACGGGUUUCGUCAUGGUUCACUAGCGACAAGGCGUUCAUGAAGCACAUGGCUCGGAGAAAAAACUGGUUUAGACGAGCUGUAAUGGAUAAAGAAUACGGAGGACGAGACGAGAAGUGUUUUGUUCAGAGUCUACUAGCGUUGAAAGAGAAGAAUGAGCUUACCGAGGAGACUGUGAUGGGACUGGUCUGGAACAUGUUAACCGCAGGUGCUGACACAACUGCCAUUACUAUUGAAUGGGCAAUGGCAGAGAUGAUAAGAUGCCCGGCUGUGCAAGAAAAGGUGCAGAAUGAGCUUGAUUCCGCGGUUGGAUCCGAACGGUUAAUGUCUGAUACAGAUAUCCCGAAGCUGCCAUAUCUGCAAUGCGUACUCAAAGAAGCUCUCCGGCUUCACCCUCCAACACCAUUGAUGCUUCCACACAAGGCCAGCGAAUCAGUUCAGAUAGGAGGGUACAGAGUUCCUAUGGGAGCCACGGUUUAUGUCAACGUGCAGGCCAUUGGUCGAGAUCCAGCAAACUGGAGUAACCCUGAUGAGUUUAGACCAGAGCGGUUUCUUGUAGAGGAAACAGAUGUCAAAGGUCAAGACUUUCGGGUUCUUCCGUUUGGAUCAGGAAGACGGGUGUGUCCAGCCGCACAACUCAGCCUCAAUAUGAUGACGUUAGCACUAGGUAAUUUACUGCAUUGUUUCUCAUGGAGAUUCUCUACACCUAUUGAGCACAUCGACAUGACUGAGAAGCCUGGAUUAGUUUGUUACAUGAAGACUCCAUUGCAGGCUCUAGCUUCGGCCAGGCAGCCACAAGAGUUAUAUAACUUUUCACUGAAAUAGAUCAUACAUAUUAAUCUACCUAAUAUAAGAGAGAUUCUCAACUGAGAUAAAACAGAUGUAGCAAUGGCAAGAUUUAGGACAUGGCUGAUGAGUUCGUACAAACAGAAUGUAGCUAAUAUAGUAAAUAAA